AUGGAUGCUAGCACUGUCGGCGCGGCAUCAACCAGCAUAUUCGGUUCAGUAACCACUUCCGCGCCACCCGCGUGUGUGGGCGACUGGACGUCGUGGAUGGACAUUGAUGCUAGAUGUACGAACGCCGACAAUGUCCCCGUCCCGUGCAACGAUUACAAGAUAAGAUACUUCUGCGACUGCAAAGUUGCCUGCACCAGCAAGUGGACAAGCUGGCUCAAUAGAGACAAACCGGAAACUGGCGACGGUGACAGGGAAGUCAUGACUCAGGGAGAACUAGCAGCCUUCUGUCCGGUCGGCAAGAUCACCGCUGUGGAAUGUCAGACAGUGGACGGCAUCGCCUCCUACAGUACUGGAGAAGUAGCGCAGUGCACCAUGGAGGGCGGCUCCGUGUGUCUGAACGGUGACAAUGACCCGAUCCCGUGCAGUGACUACCAGAUCAGAUACUACUGCAAGUGUGAAAAAUUGCCCACCCUGCCAGGCGGCCAUAUUGGGUCCAACACGCCCACAUUAAUUCCUCCUGGCGGACCUACAAAAACACCAUACCUUGACAACGGCUCUACAACCAACCACAUAUUUUCCACAACACCAACAGAGGCUCCAGUGCCGUGCACUAGCCAGUGGUCAAGUUGGAUCAACACGGACACCCCGGACAGCGGCGAUGGCGAUAGAGAGUCGUGGACAGCUGCUCAGCGUAUGGCCUUCUGUCCUGCUGGCAAGAUCACCGCUGUGGAAUGUCAGACAGUGGACGGCAUCGCCUCCUACAGUACUGGAGAAGUCGCGCAGUGCACCAUGGAGGGCGGCUCCGUGUGUCUAAACGGUGACAAUGACCCGAUCCCGUGCAGUGACUACCAGAUCAGAUACUAUUGCACUUGCGAAGCCCAUCCCACCAAUCCUCCGGUUACUAUUUCACAUGGAACGCCAACCCCAACGCCUGGAGUCACCACAAGAACUCCAACAGUGACCGUAGCUACUCCAUACCGCACGAAUGUUACUGCAACAGCCACUGGCGUCCCGCUAGCAUGUGUCGGCGCUUGGUCGUCAUGGAUCAACACGGACACCCCAGAUGGCGACGGUGACGUUGAGUCGUGGAGCGCCGUCCAGAAGUCCGUGUUCUGCCCAAUGGGCAAGGUGACCUCUAUCGAGUGUGCGACUGUGGACGGUAUCGCAUCCUACAGUACCGGUGAAAUACAGCAGUGCACGCUGGAGACCGGAUCUAGAUGCAUGAACGACGACAACUUCCCCGUUCAGUGCAGUGAUUACAAAAUCAGAUACUUCUGCGACUGCAAAGUUCAACCGACUCUACCCGCAACUGUCGGCUCCAACACACCAACAUUGACUCCUCAUGGUUCUACCCAGAAUCCAUAUAAACAAUUGACCACCAGCCAGACAUCAUUGCCAUGCACCAGCCAGUGGUCAUCCUGGAUCAACAAGGACAAGCCCGACACCGGUGACGGCGACCGAGAGUCGUGGACCGCUGCUCAGCGCUCGGCCUUCUGUCCGGCUGGCAAGAUCACCGCUGUGGAAUGUCAGACAGUGGACGGCAUCGCCUCUUACAGUACUGGGGAAGUCACGCAGUGCACCAUGGAGGGCGGCUCCGUGUGUCUGAACGGUGACAAUGACCCGAUCCCGUGCAGUGACUACCAAAUCAGAUACUAUUGCAAGUGUGAAGCCCGCAAUGAUUCGUCGGGUGCCGGCAAUCCGCUGUCGGUGCAGAACACUCAACUGUCGUCGUCGGCGGAUGUUACACACGCGGGCGGAUGGGCUUCCAAGUCCCGGGACUUCAAAUCCUAUAUUCAGGUAGACCUCCUCGCAACCUAUGACGUCACGGACGUGGCAAUUCUGGAACGGGCGGACGGACGGGAGUGGACGGUAGCGUACACAUUCCUGUUUAGCACAGACGGUGUCCACUUCAGUCCGUUACUGAACACUAGAGAUGGCGGUGAAGCGAAGUUGUUCGACGGAAACGCUGACCCUAACACAUCGGUCACCAGCAAUUUCACCGCCAUGACUGCACGAUGGAUAAGAAUUUAUCCGAAUGCAUCGAUGGGGUCCAUCGCUCUGGGUUUCGACGUGUUGGGUUGCCAUGGAAACACGGUCAUUAGCACUGCACAAGCAAAGUCGCUGCACAGAACGGAACUGAUGUGCUUCUUUGAACGCCGGAUUUCCAUAUAA